AUGCGUGGCUUCCCAAAACUACAAACGUUCCGGAUCGGUGCACCAGAGUAUUGGCAAGGCCCUGGUAUCGCAACUCUACGACAAGGUGUCUCGUACAAAAUUGAGGAUGUCUUGAUGUUGAGAAGCGAUACGCUUAAACACAUCACACUCGACUUUUAUGCUCAUGGCAUCGAUUAUCCGGUAGUGAUCCAAGAUCUCUCAGAGAUGAAGGUCCUUGAGACAUUGUACAUCAACACCCGCAUACUGCGUCGCCGGUGGCAGCAGGGUGUUCUGUCUACACCAAGGAUCUACCGGAUGCUUCCAGAAUCCAUUAAGGAGUUUGGUCUUAUGGGCAGCGCAUCUUCGCUGGUACAUGAUGAGGUUGUGGAUUCGAUCAACAUAUCGGCUCGGGCAUUUCCUCUCCUGAGGAAGGUAGUUAUUGACCGGUUUGGGGGAUCACACCAAGUUGAUGGGAAUGAAUGGAGAAGAAAGAUUACCUCGGCUUGUGAAGCUAGCAACAUAGAAUUUUCAACGAAAGUGACUCGAAGCUCACAGGAUUUGAAAUUCCCGAAUCCGGAUCGGGGAAUUCGAGGAGGUGCUGCAUAA